UUCAGCUUGAGGUUUUUGUAUUUUAGCCUGAAUGUGCCUCCAAAUAUGUGACAAAUGUGAGGUUCACCAAAUGUAGGACACUCUCCUUACUUCAGCUGCAGUUAACUGCAGAGUAUGGCAGAAUAUCAGUUUCUGUUGGACCUGAACAUCUCGGCGGAAAAGGACUGUUGCCGUUUCUGCUGCUCUUGUUGUUAUUGUAGCUAGCGUUAGCGUUAGCUAAUUAGCUAAGCAAUAGCUCACAGCAAAACCGAUGUUGAUUCAUUGCUGCGGGGCAGUGAACUGCAAAAACAAGGUAACUCUGGAGCAACUUCCAGACAUCAACAAGAGACCUUAGCAACGUUUAUGAAACGCCUUUAAGUCAUUGUGUAAUUGACUUUAGCCAGUGUUUUAGGUGUUGUUACAGUGCAGGAUAUUCUAACGUUAUUUGACAGAUUACACGGAUAAAUUACGGCUGCAUGCUUUUGAAGAAAACAUGGAUUAAAAAUGAUAUUACUAGUUAAGGUCAGCUAACCCCUAACGAUGCCAGCAGCUAGUGCUGUCUGCACGUUUUGAGAUGGAGCAGCAGAUAGCAGCCAGUGACAUGGCUCUAAUCUUUCCCAUCACACCUGUCUGAGUUGUAAAGCCUGUGAAAGAGAAAUCAUGUCUUGCAAAGCCGCAACCAAGGACAAGAAGUCAAGCUUCAGCAAGAAGCUGUUCCGGCGGGGCUCUGUGCGCUCUGUGGGCAGCUUCAUGGGCAGAUUCAUCCGGACUCUGACCGCCCUAUCACACUAUGGAUCUGAAGUGCAAGCAGAAGAUGAGAAAGAUGACGGGGGGUUCUCCUCUUUUAAACCUGGGUGUAAGGAUGUGCCCAUGGAGGAUGGGGACCUGGCGGGUUUGCUGUGUGGAGACAGGGUUCCUGGAGUGUCAGGGCUGAAAAACCACGGGAACACCUGCUUCAUGAAUGCCAUCCUGCAGUGUCUCAGCAACACGGAACUCUUCGCUGAGUACCUGGUUCUGGAGCAUUACAAAGGCGAUGAGCAGGAAGAGGACAAACCAAAGACAAAUGGCUUACUUCUUCACAAGAAGGGUCCUCUGGCCAAAGGAGAGGUGACGGAGCAGCUGUCAGGACUCAUGCGGGCUCUGUGGACCUUUGAGUACACCCCACAGCAUAGCAGGGAUUUCAAGAAUGCUGUGUCGAAAAAUGCCAUCCAGUUUAAGGGGAAUUCUCAGCACGAUGCUCAGGAGUUUCUGCUGUGGCUGCUGGACAGAGUUCACGAGGACCUGAACACAGGGAACCCUAACAUCAGGCCUGCUAUUAAGCCACCUAUAGAAGAAGACGAUCAAAGCUUGGAAGGGCCCUCUCCUCCCCUGUCUGCUGGGUCCUUUGUGCAAGAACUGUUUCAGGCUCAGUACAGAUCAUCUUUAACUUGCCCACAUUGCCAAAAGCAGAGCAAUACGUUUGAUCCCUUCCUCUGCAUCUCCUUACCAAUCCCACUGCCCCACACACGGCCCCUGUAUGUGACGGUGGUCUACCAGGGGAAGUACUCUCACUGCAUGAGGAUCGGAGUGGCCGUUCCCCUCAACAGCACGGUGUACCGCCUCCGAGAUGCUGUGUCACGUGAGACCAAGAUCCCCAUGGACCAGUUUGUUCUGACUGAAAUGUACUACGACGGUUUUCAUCGUUCAUUUUGUGAUGACGACGAUGAUCUCGAAAUCAUUCAGGAGAGUGAUUCCAUUUUUGCCUUUGAGACACCUGAGACCUUCAAACUGGAAAACAUACGCACAAAAAGAGGAAGUCUUCUGGCAAACCUGAAUCAUAACAACUUAAAGUAUGGGACAGAAAUGAGCAGGACUCCGUCGUUCAUGCAAGGAGCCUUGACACCUUUAACUGCAUCACCCAAUAAAAACCUGGGGCCAGAGAAAGUUAUCCUUCUGGUGUGCAACAGGGCAUGUACCGGGCACCAAGGAAAGAGGUUCGGACUGCCUUUUGUACUGUACAUGGAGCGCACUGUGACCUGGGAUACUCUACAGAAAGAGAUCCUGGAGAAAAUGCGACAUCUUCUGAGGCCGGGGGUAUUCAUCCAGGUCGGACCUUUCAGUCUCCGGGUGGUUGGUGUUGUCGGCAUCACUUACCUCCUUCCUCAAGAUGAGCGACCACUGUGUCACCCCACUGUGGAAAG